CCGGAAGAAGUGGGCUACGGAGGUCCCGUGGCUGUCUUGUCACUGGUCUUUUGUCUUUCGUCCUCCGUACAGACUUGUCAGCGCACUUCAUUCCAGUAGACCCUAAACAUGCCUUUCAUCGAGUUACAGAGUAAUUUACCGGCCAGCUCCUUUUCUGAAGACUUUCUGAAGAUGCUGUGCUCCUGCGCCGCAACUGCUCUGGGAAAGCCAGUGGAAAGGAUGAAUGUGGUGGUGAAGCCCGGGUUGCCGAUGCUGAUUGCUGGCUCCUGCUCUCCGUGUGUGAUGCUGUCAGUGUCUGCUAUCGGCGUGACGGACACUGCUGACAAGAACAAGGAGCACAGUGCCAAGAUCUUUGAGUUUCUGACCGGAGAACUUGGUCUGGCUGAAGAAAGAAUUGUGAUUGUGUUCCACGCGCUGCAGCCUCACCAGGUCGGGAAGAAAGGAACCGUCAUGAGCUUCUUGUGAAAGACGUUGUUACGCUAAAUCAUUGCUAAAUCCCGAAAGAAGAAGAAGACACUAGAUCAGUAUGAAUCACACAUUGAAGUAAAGAUGAAUUCAUUUUGAGGUCGGGUACUGUAUGUUCCAUAUCCAGGUGCACUGCCUGGCCAAUAUGUUACACAUUUGCCGUUCCUAAAGCUGUAAAACAUAAUGUUAAUAACUUCUAUUUUUAUUGAUUAAAAGACUUGUUGCUUUUGUAACCUUCACUUGUAUUACAUAUUAUUAAAGAAGACAAACGAGA